UGAACAAAGUUUAACACACACAGCCUGGGUAUUCAUACUCACAAACGUAAAAAGGUGACAUGACUGAGUUUGAUGAUCGCAGCAACUGUGCGUCAAAUAUGUAUUUGCCGAGUUGUACAUAUUAUGUCUCGGCACCAGAUUUUUCGACAAUGUCAUCGUUUUUACCACAAACUACUUCGUGUCAAAUAAAUUGCCCCUAUUCUUCAACUAUAACACAAGUACAACCUGUACGGGACGUGGCAUUCAGAGACUAUGGACUUGAAAACCCAAGUAAAUGGCAUUAUAGAGGCAACUAUGCUUCUUACUACUCAACAGACGAUCUAAUGCACAGAGAUCGAAUCCAGUCAUCGACUAGAACGGAAAUGUUUCGAAAGAACGACUCCGUCUAUAGUCACCAAGGGAGCUCGGAGGAAUCAUGCAAUUUCUUCACCAAUGUUGGACGAAAUGGAGUUCUUCCUCAAGGCUUUGAUCAGUUUUUUGAGACUUCUGGUAAUGCCCUUGAAAAGUCAAACGCCGACCAUUCGAGGGAAAAGGCAGAGUCCAGUUUCCCGGGAGAUACUCCUUGUAAUAAACUGCUUUCAGACCAGGAGAAACAACCCCCAACAGAAAACAUCGACGAGGAAUCUCCUUUAUCUAACUGUGCCGAGGAAAAGAGCAGCGGCCCAACUUCUUCGAGAUCAAGAAAAAAGCGAUGCCCCUACACCAAGUACCAGAUAAGAGAACUUGAACGAGAAUUUUUCUUCAACGUGUACAUAAACAAAGAAAAGCGUAUGGAGUUGUCCAGGAUGUUACAUCUUACUGAUCGACAAGUGAAGAUCUGGUUUCAGAACCGAAGAAUGAAAGAGAAGAAACUGAACAGGGAUCGGCUUCAGUAUUUUACAGGAAACCCUUUAUUUUGACAAAUUAGAGAACGACGAAACCAGACACAUGUGCUACUAUCAAUACCUGCAAUAAUGGGAACAGACGCAUGCUUUAAGCAUUGGAAUUGUGAAAGAAAACUUGACUCUGAACUUUAUCAACUAUGCAAAUCACAAACGUAUGUUAUUAGAUACUUAAUACUAUUACCUCGAGAAAAAUGAUUUCUUUACAAGUCCCUCACGUGUAAAAAUGUUAUCACCGCCAGAAAAUUAAAUUAUGGGACUUUACCGCCACAAUCAAAAUGUUUGUUUUUUUGCAUAAUGCUGCGCAUUAGUUUUAUAUCUAGUUGUUUGUUUGCGCA